GAUGUCAUAUCUCUUAAUGGACUUUCUCGAAUUGAAGCUUUCCACAAAGUAACUAAUCAACUAGUAAAGCAGAAGCUAACCCUACAAAAUGGCGAUUUAGAGAGCAAUCAUACAAAACAUAGGCAAGUAUUUAGAGGAUCAAAACCAAUAAAUGAAGAUGAUGAAGAUGUGUAUUAUAAUUUGGGAGAAGUUGGCGAGAGUGAAAUCACACAGAGUGAAAAAAAUACAAUUGGAUUACGUAGAAUUUCCACUGAAUUAGGGCCUUCUCCUCAAGAACAAUUAAAUUUAUUGUGUCAAAUAAAAGAAAGUGUUCCUAACAUUUGCAAGAAUUGUUGUUCAAAAAUCAAUAAUGAUGAAUUAAUAAAUGAUGACUUGUCUGAUGACGAAUUAGAUGAAAGGUUAAUCGAAGCAAAUAUAAUAAAUAUCAGCGCAAAUAAUACUCUUGCAAAGAAGAGUCUUUUCAAAAGUUUAAAAGAACAAGCAAAAUCUAUGCCAUUUCCCCAGGUUAACGUUGACGAGCUUAAAAAUUGGCUCAAAAAAAAUUACACACGUAAAAUAAAUGAUACAUUAUCAAACCUUCUAGCUACUACAGAAAUUGAAGGGUUCAAUGACGAUCAAUUUGAUCUUAUAAAACGAGUGUUCGAAUAUAAACUCUUGCAGCUUAGAGCAGGACAUGAUAAUCAACUUGAUGUAUCAUUAAUGGAUGAAAAUACAUAUACAUCAACAGUCAUAUCUCCAGAUUUUGAAUUUUUAAAAAUAUGCUUUCCGGGCCUGAAUGAAAAUGACGUUCCAUCCUCCAAAUGGCGUCGCGAAUUAAUUUAUGGUGUUGGUGCUUUAGCACGUAAAGCUGAUGGAAUUCUUUUCAAUUAUGAUAACAAUCAAGAAUUCUUUAUAUUCGAGAACAUUGGACCACCUCUAGUAACAAAGGGUAAAAGUGAAGGUGAGCUAUUUAGGGUUAACUUAGCUUCUGACAAAACAUUUGCAGUUGAAAGAAUCCUGAAAGUAAAAUAUCCUUUUAAAUAUACUUCAUUCAUUAAGAAUACUGACAUUAUUGGUCUCCUUUUUACUGUCAAGUCUGUCUGUGAAUCUAACAAGAAUAUCCUUCAUGAAUAUAACUUAACAUGUAUGGAAACAUCCAAAAGCUUUACAAAAGCACGCGAAUGGCUUUGUUUGAAUGGGAAGUCACCACAAUAG